AGUGUCAAGUCAACGUCAAAUUUGAUUGGCGCGUAAAUAAAUUUUUGAGCGAAGCCGCUAGCCAACUCUCUUUGUUUUAUUUUGUAUUGAUAAAUUUAAGGAUAUUUCAAUAACGAUGGGUUUAUUAGAAUUGUGUGAGAAGUAUUUUGAGACUAAAAACUUGUAUGAAAUACUUGGUAUUUCUGAGAAAGCAACAGAAAAAGAUGUUAAAAAGGCUUACCACAAAUUAUCACUAAAAGUGCACCCAGACAGGGUUAAGGAGGACGAAAAACUUGAGGCUACAGAGAAAUUCAAAGUAUUGGGCGGCAUCCACUCUAUCCUCAGUGAUGCUAACAAGAGGGCGGCUUACGAUGAGACAGGCACCAUCGACGAAGAUGACAUCGAGGUGGACGAGAACAAAGACUGGACGGUCUACUGGAGGCUACUGUUUAAAAAGAUUACAGACGAAGACAUCAGAAAUUACGAAAAGGAAUAUGUUGGAUCUCAAGAAGAGAGGGUUGAUCUCAAGAAGGCCUACUUGGCCGGCAAAGGAGACAUGGACUACAUAGUGGACCAUGUGCAGUUCGCUAGAUCAGAACAGGAACCAAGGCUGCGGGAUAUCCUCAAUGAAAUGAUAGAGAGCAAGGAAGUGCCUGCAUUCAAAGUAUUCACACAUGAGCCAGAGAAGAAGCGCAAGAGGAGACACGCCAAGGAGAUGAAGGAAGCCGAGGAGGCAGAGGAAUUCAGUAAAGAAAUGGGUCUAGGUAAUGGAACUGAUGAUCUAGCUCUCAUGAUAAAGGAGAAACAAGAAGCAAGAGGUAAAGCUCUGGAUUCCUUCAUAGACGGCCUGACAGCCAAGUACGGAGGCGCCGAGGCCAAGCCCAAGGCAAAUAAGCGAAAAGCAGCUCCGCGGAAAGUAACCCAGGAGCCAGAGAAUAAACGUAGAACCAGGAGCACUAAGUGAUAUUCUUUUUAAAAUGCUGUAUGAAUUCUUAACUUAAAAUUAAAUGUAACAAGACUUUGAAUGUCA